AUGUUUGAAACAAUUAUAAGUGAAUAUCUCGAUACAACAUUACAUAAAGAUUGGUCGGUCCUCGAAAUAUUAAAAUCAGCACUUCCAGAAUUAUCUGUAGAUACGUUCAAGGAAUUCAAAGAUGAUUUAUACGCAGUAUUACAGAGAUAUAGCAAAAAAUGCAAUAUUCACGCUCACGCAAGAAAUAAAGUGAAGAAAAUCUUAUCUAAUUUUGAUACAAAUUUAUCCACGGUCGAAGUGAGAAAAUAUAUUAACGAACUUGAACUUCGCGCGGAAAUGAGAGUGAAUGUCACUUCCGCCUACACAGUAGAAGUUUUAAAGGAUCAGCGACAGAAUCGGGAAAUUAUUAGUCAAUUACGAAGAAACGACUCUAUUACAGGUGAAAAUUCAAAGGAGGCAGAUCAUGUGCGAGAAAAGGUUACGAGACCCUCAGAAACACAGGAUGAUCAUUCAUACAAACGUCAACGUAGAGACGAGCUACAAAUGCCCGAGUAUCCAACAGAGGUUGCAGAUGAUGAUCCUCCGAUUGAAUGGGAAUUCGACACACUGCGACCAAGUUGGCUAGAAAAAGUGGUAGAGGAACGUCGCAUACUAUUUUCAAAUAAUGAUCUAACAGCUAGAUAUGAAUCGUCGUUAAAACCAAUCUGGUGGAGGAUCGUAGAUUUAUCGGAUCCGAAAACUUUAGAUAUUUUGUCGGAAACAGAAUUAUCAGAUCUGAGUGCAAUUUUUUCAUCUUCCUUAAAAAACUGGACCGUGCUAGAUCCUGCAACAGAGAGAUGUUUACAGUCUCUCACGAAGCUUAAUAGUGAUCAGCUUCGUAUGAUCGGAGAAAUUGUAAGGCCUAAGGGAACGUAUGGAGCUAUUCUCGAACUCCAAGAAAUGUUGAAAGACAUUAAGAAGCAAACUAUUUCAGAACCUGAUGAUCUAUUUGACGAUGAAGACACUUUUGACAAUGAACAUGAUAUAAGUGCUAAUGAAGAGACUCCAUUGCUUGCUCUCGAAGAUCAUCUAAAUCCAGACGUCGCUUAUACAUUUGACUUAAUUCGAGUUCAUUUGAUAGUUCAGAAUUUAAUCACAUGUGAAAUGAUUGCCAAAGGGAUCCCCCAGAGACAAAACACAGAGCGGGAUAUCGACAUGUUUAUAAAACGACACAUAUUUUCAUGUUUAGAUGAUAUUCUGGACAGUCACUUUGGAGAAGCAGUAUCGAGGGCUUCUCGGGAUCGCCGGGCAGAAGCAACGGAUGCACCAACCAAUACAGAAGGUUAUCAUUUUGAUUGGAUGUUUACGAAACAUAAUUUAGGUACGAAUUUAUCUUGGGGUCGUGAAUUCUCACUUUGUGAGCGUACUGGUUCCAAGAUUGAGGACAAACCAAAAAUUCUUUCCAAUACCCUAAAGGUGCAAAAAACUUUGAGAGACAUGCAUCAGACCCUAAUCAAAACAAUAUCUAUUGAAGGCGGAGGAAUGCUUUCGAAACCAGUUUUACGAGCUAGCUCCAAACUUCUCAUGCCCGGAUUCCUUUCGUCAUAUUUUUUUAUGCGUGCAAUUCUGAUUAUCUACGUAGGAGAAGGAUAUUAUUCGUCACUAAAUUUAGCGGACUUUGACAUUCCAACCAAGUAUGAAGAACUUGAAUAUACCAUUAGGAUUUCGCGUAUAAUGCUUCAAGUUAAGAGGUUGUUAUCAACUACUAUCUCUCAGUUUAAACGUAUGAAGGAAAGAGCAGAAAAGGAAAAACUAACCCUUGGAAGAGUCGCAGUGCAUGAUAGAAAGAAAGAAUAUAGAUCUCCACAGAAACCGAAGAAGCAAAGUAGUAAAGGCACAACAUAUUCCGGGAAUCAGCAACGACAUGGCCGAUCGAGCUUCGAGGAUGGAUCUGGAUCGACACGAUUAGAUGUUGGAUCCGACGAUUUUCUCUUCUCUCAACAGAAUAUGGAGACCAUUCCAAGUGGACCUUUUUGCAAACAGACUCAACACCCAGUUACCGAACCUAUGGACGAACCUUCUUGGCCAA